UAGAAACGGGGAAGAAAAAGGUAAGGUUUUAAAUCUACAUAGAAAAGGCAGCAUGGUCUUCUAAACAAUGACAUCUACAGUGUCCUUUUAUGUUUUUUUUUCCUUCAAUGAUUAAAUCAGUGUCUUUAAAAGACUUCCUAUAGCUUCACUCUCUCUAUGCCACACAAAAUCUUCUAGACUUUGAGUUUCUUCCACUAGCUACUCCUAUUUUCUUCACAAUGUCCACCUCCCAAACCUUUGAAAAACCCUUGUAUGAACCAGUCAAGAUUCAUGGUGGCUAUGCUCUCAUUCAAAGAAACACAUCUCCUCCUCAAACUGGAGAAAGAAGAGGCAGAAGAAAGCAGCCAGAACCAGGGAGGUUUCUUGGGGUUAGAAGGAGACCUUGGGGUAGAUAUGCUGCUGAAAUUAGAGACCCCACAACUAAAGAAAGGCACUGGCUUGGUACAUUUGAUACUGCCCAAGAAGCUGCUCUUGCUUAUGAUAGGGCUGCCCUUUCUAUGAAAGGCAUUCAAGCAAGAACCAACUUUUUAUACACUGAUCAUGGUACUUUUCACUCUCUUCUUACCCCAUUUGAUGAUGUUCAACUUCAACCCUUCUUCCCACCUUCACAGUUUUUCACAGCCAUUCCUCAGGCUCAGGGCAAUAAACCCACUAACCAGAACAACAAUCCACCAAAGUAUGAGACUUGUCUGAAUGAGUCUCCCAACCAAUCAAGUGGUGAAACAACUGAAUCAGCAUGUGAUAAUAAUUUCUUCUUUUCCCAUGAUGAUUCUAAUAACUCAGGCUACUUGUCCUGCAUUGUCCCUGAUAAUUGCCUGAGACCACCUUCUGAUCCCUCGAGUACAAACUCCAAAACCAACAACUACAAAGCUCCAAGUGAUCACCAUCAAAACUUCUCUUCCAUGAUCACCACAACUUCCAUUGAACAUGCAUUUCCUCCAGAUACAACAACGAGAAGCUAUCCCUGCUUUGAUGAACUCAACAGUGGAUUCUGGGGAGAUGAUCAGAAGCCAUGGGAGUUCAACUCUGAUGAGCUCUCUGCAAUGAUCAAUAAUAACGCAUUAAUGGCGGGAGAUGUGUGCAUGGAAACUUUUUAUCCUAGCACCAGCAAUAUUCCUAGUUAUGGAUCAGUGCCUCAAGCUACUCCUUCAGUAUCUUCUUGCACUCCAUCAUAUGGUGACAUAGUUGACUUCAGCUAUGCAUCACUAUUCUAAGUAGGAGUAGGUUGUUUAUUGGGCUAACAUCAUAUAUCUAUCUGCAGGAAUAUCUGUAUUAAUCAUAUUUUGAUUAUAUUAGUUACAUGCACCUUGGUUCACAGUAAUUAUACAGAAAGUUUUCCAUAUUCGAGCAAGAAAAAGAUGCAUGGAAUGUGUAUCCCAUUCCCUGAUCCUGUGAGUUUUAAAGAACUUGAUUAUUGGUUGAUUUG